AUGCCUAGCACUUCAUCCACAGCAGACCACCUCUGUGUGCUGGUCCACGGACUCUGGGGUAACCCUUCCCACCUCGAUUAUGUCGCCUCUGCGCUACGGGAAAGAUACGGCGACGACAGCCUCUACAUCAUCUGUCCGAAAGCAAACAGCGGAAACUACACAUAUGACGGAAUCGAGCUGGGCGGAGAACGAUUAGUGCGCGAGGUCGAGGAGACACUCGACUCCCUAGCCAAAAAGGGACAUAAAAUCACAAAGAUCAGUGUCAUCGGAUAUUCACUCGGUGGUCUCGUCGCGCGCUAUGCGAUCGGCCUGUUAAAUGCGCGGGGAUGGCUGGACAAGCUGCGACCCAUGAACUUUACGACCUUUGCGACUCCCCAUGUAGGAGUCCGAACACCGCUGAAGGGGUUCAAGAACCAAAUUUGGAAUGAAAUAGGCCCGCGGACUUUAUCAAUGUCUGGACGGCAGAUGUGGUUGAUCGACUCGUUCCGGGAUACUGGGCGGCCGCUGCUCAGCGUUUUGGCUGAUCCCGAGAGCAUUUUCAUACAGGGACUAAAGCGGUUCCAAACUCGCAGUAUCUAUGCAAAUAUUGUCAAUGAUCGCUCGGUUGUCUUCUACACGUCUGCUUUGUCCAAAGUGGACCCGUUCCGGACUUUGGAUGAUCUUAACAUCAACUAUGUUAAGGGCUAUGAGGAUGUGAUUAUCGACCCUGACCUUUAUGUGUUACCGCCCGCCCAAAAGAAACCCGCAACAAUGGCCGCCAAGCUAUGGAAGAAAUGCAAGUCUGUGGCAUUAUGGGUACCUUUGUCGGUACUUCUCGUUGUCCUCGCGCCAGUGGCUAUUGUAAUCUUCUUGAUCAAUGCUGGUAUUCAGACUUUCCGCAGCUCCAAGCGCAUUCGCCUACACGAGAAAGGCGAUUAUGGCGCUUUCUUUGGGAGAUACAGAGUGCCUGUUAUUGUUCAAGAUGUGCAGCAUGUUGUGGAGGAGGUUUUUGAAAACGUCAAUGCUCGACAAGAUCCGGCCUAUCUGUCUAACAGCGAUGCCGACUUGUCUGACACUGGCUCGAAGUCUGCAGAGAACAAUGGUGCAUUUGCGUCCAGAUCGCCUACUCUUUCUUCUGCCACUGCAGUCUCUCCGCACUCUCCCAAACUUGCGUUGUCACCCGAUCAAGCUGCCAUCAUCGACUCGCUCAACGCCGUGGGAAUAAAGAGAUAUCCAGUUCACAUCCAGAAGCACCGACACAGUCACGCAGCCAUCAUUGUUCGAAGCCCCAAAGACGGAUUCAGGGAAGGCAAGAUUGUGAUGAAGCACUGGCUGGAUAACGAAUUCGUUGUAUAA